AUGCUGCCAAAGACAAGCCAUGUCACAGAGCAGACUGUAUUAACAAUGAGGACACUAGUUUCGUGGCAUUUACUGUCCGUGUUUCUCCUGAUUUUGACUGUCAUGCCUGGUGAGGUGACACCAGACCUUGAUGUCACAACUACACCAGACAACUCCUCAGGCAAUGACAGUGAGAACACCAGUGGUCCCAGGGCAGUGGAAUGUAGGAUCAUGCAGCCAGCUGAGUGUAUUGACUGUGAUUUUAAUGUGUCUUGCUUAUACGGGACCAAGCAAAGAGCUUAUUGUAUGCCAAAGCCAAGUGUGAACUGCUCAGGGAGUCAGAAAUUUGAAAGAGAGUAUGAUUGCCUCUAUUGUUAUCAGUUACCACGAUGGGACACAUGGUGUAAUCAGACGGUGGAGUGUGCCCUUAAUAAACCCCGAAACUAUUACCCAGCAAGGCCAUUUUUUGUGAGCACCUGUUGGGCAAAGAGUCAGCAUUUAUGCAUGGGGCGUAGAUGCUUUCACAAACAGAUUCCUUGCAAUUGGUUACAAGGAUACAGAUCGUCAACAGCACUGCUUCUAAGUAUUUUCUUGGGAGGGUUUGGAGUUGAUCGAUUCUACCUCGGGUUGUGGAGAGAAGGAAUUGGAAAACUUCUCAGCUUCGGUGGACUUGGCGUCUGGACUUUAGUUGAUGUGAUUCUCAUAGCUGUUGGAUAUGUAGGGCCUUGGGAUGGCUCACUGUAUAUAUGA